AUGCCAUCAUUGCUUGGACCGAAACAAUUGUCUGGCCAUCGUGUUUACGCUAGCACUCGGGGCUCUAUUGAAAAUCUCCCAUGUGCCGGCCUCGAGAAAGAAAUCCAUAUCGCCGGAGAUUACGACAGCGAGAAGAAAUACCAGACAGGGAAAUUUUUUCCCUAUUUUGAUACAAGCAAGCUGAAUGCAGAAGCAAUCCAGAACAUCAAGGACAGAGCCAUGUCCACUUCAGUGAAGUUCUUCCUCAGCAUCGAAGGCCCUGACUCCAAAUUCCCAUUUGCUGUCACUUCUGCUCAGCAAUCCGCCUGGAUCCAAAAUGCCACUGAAAGUCUCAAGGAAAUCGUCCAGAAUUACGGGUUUGAUGGCAUCGACGUCUAUUACGAACACAUCAACUCUAAUACUGGGCAUCAGUUUGCCGACUCAAUUCAGAAAGUGAUAUGGAGGCUGAAGAACGAUAAAACCAUCUCCAGUGCUUCCGUCACUGUAUCAGCUCCUCUCAGCAAAAACUAUCACGACUUGUACAAGAAAAACGACAAAAAUUUUGACUAUGUGGUGUACCAGUCCCAUACUGAGCUUUCUCCCAUCUCCACUUUUUCAAGAGGUCGGAGCCGUCUUCGACAAACUGCCUUAUCCCAAAGAGAAGAUCUUAGCUGGGCACAGUGA